GACUACGGGCAAAGCAGUUAGUACGUGAUGAAUAGAAUAGCUGGAAUAAUACCAUUCGUCCUAGCUCUGCUUCUUUGCAGAGCUAUUGCUAGUGAAUGGCAAACCUGCUCUGAUAGUUUUGGAAAGGAAGGACUAUGUGUUCCUUUAUCAAGUUGUAGAGAGGUUUCAGAAUCGUUCAAAUCAAACCAGGUUUUCUCGUUAACGGAAAUAAACAACUUUCGGGCAUUGUAAUCGGCAUGUACCCAUACAUCUGAAACGAUCGAAACGAUGGUUGGUAUCCAUUCCAUGAUAUGCUGUUUCACGAAGCUCAAGCGGGACAAAGUUGAACACUACGUCCCUAAAUCUUGUGGUCAAAAACCGACGACGGAUAACAGCCCAUUCGGAUGGACAGUGUUAUUGGGAACAGGACACUUCUACCGCAGAUGCGUUGGCACUUUGAUCAACAGCGUCUUUGUUCUGACGGCGGCUCAUUGUGUCAAUGAAGUAGAGCCACACGAAAUCACACUGUAUUUUGGACAAGUUCCGGUGCGUGAGCUGCCUCAAUGUUUAGAACAUGAUCACUGUCUGAAGGCUAGUGGUCUUCAAUUGUGGAAACACCCAGGUUUCAAUUCGAGUACGAACAUUUUCAACGUAGCAGUUAUCGAGACGAACCUGAAUAAGGAUUCAAUAUUGCGAUACCCCAACAUUGGGAUUUAUCCGAUUUGUCUUCCGCUCAACGCAACAGAUGAGGAUACUCAGAUAGAGAAGAGGCAUAUCUUACGGCCGCGUAUCUACGACACAACAAACGGAAUACAGGAGGCAUGCGGAUAUUCGGGGGCUCCAAUCGUUGUUUUGGACAACGAAAAGCGGUAUCAUGUCGUCGGAGUCGCCAAUCAUCCUGUGGACUGUGAUCGAAAAAGGGUGAAGCGCGAUGCAACACCACUCAUGGAGUAUGUGGAUUGGAUACUCAGUGUUCUACCAGAGGGUAGAGAGGAACCAGAAACAAUUAAAGAUUGA